CUUGGUCUUUAUGUAAGGAGUGUGUGGAGGGGAGUGUGAAGGAAGCAGACAGAGAGUUCCGGGCUGGUAUGAGCGGAGGGUACAGCUAGUCAUGGCCUCUCCCGACGGAGCUGUGUGUGGGGUGACUCCCGCUGUGAAGGAGGCCCGGGACACGGCGCGCCCAUUACAGCUGGACGGACUGCUGGAGUGCUUGUUGCGGCAGUACCGGCGGGGCGGUGUGGACGGUGGCGGCGGGACCAGGCUGGUGUGUCCGGGAUGUGACGGCUUCCUGAGGGAACCGGUGACCGUGCAGUGCGGACACACCUAUUGCUGGCACUGCCUGAAGGGGGAGCACCGGACACGUUGCCGCCUGUGUCAUGGAGAGCUGGGCCGCCCGCCCCUCCGGAGCUGUGUGCUUCUCCGACAGAUAACCGACAAGUGUCCCCCGGGGGGGAGCCGGCUACAUCGAGACAUCACCCGGAGGAUGGAGGACGGAGACCACCGGGGGGCGCUGCACACACUCCGCCUGGCCAUCCACUCAGAUCCUAAUGAUUUGAUACUGCGUGUUUACAGAGCGGAGUCCUUGGCUGCACUGUUUGAGUUUGGGAAAGCUCUUAAGGAACUGGACUUUAUCCUUUCAAAACGGCACAACUGGCCAGAGGUGCACUACAGAAAAGCCAAAAUGCUACAGGACACGGGAAACCUGUAUGAGUCCCUAAGAUGUUAUCUUCAGUGCUUGGGACUGGAUGAAGAGUUUCUAUCUGCUAGAACAGAGAUCGAAAAGAUUCUAUGUGACUUCCUCUCACCUGGACAAGAGACAGUUGAAGGUAUACUAAAGGAUCUUGAAAUGACAACUUUGCCAAAUUUACCAUUGAAACCUUUUGCGUUGGGAUCAGACAAGAGUGAAACUACAUAUCUUAUGCAGCCAAGUCUGGAGCAGGAUGAAGGUAAAGAAAGAUCAGUGAAGUGCACCAGCACAUCCAGUAGCAAUUUACACCGUGCACAGUCUGUGCACACCCUGCACUUUGAUAAAACUGCCAGCGAAGAUGGCUUAAAAAGGGUGUCUUCAGAACCUUUCCUAUCCAGCAAGGAGAAUGGCAUAUUACUUAAAAGAAAGUUCUCUCUUUCUGAGCAAGACACAAAUGUGUGUGAAGAUGGUCCAAAGAAGUACAUAAAGCAGGGAGAAAUGUCUGAUCCAGCUGUUUCAUUAGCCGACAACACUAUCCUAAAUGCCUUGAUUGAUGGAAGUGAUUUUGAAUGCUCCCUUUGUAUGAGGUUGUUUUAUGAACCUGUUACUACGCCUUGUGGACAUUCCUUCUGUAAAAACUGUUUGGAGCGCUGCCUGGAUCACACACCUCAGUGUCCCUUAUGUAAGCAGAGCUUGACAGAGUAUCUAGCAUGUAGAAGCUACAAUGUAACCUACCUGCUGGAAGAAUUCAUCAAGCAGUAUCUUCCUGAACAGCUGUCGGAGAGAAAAAGAAUCCAUGAAGAAGAAACGCUUGAACUAUCAAAUUUAACUCAAAAUGUGCCUAUGUUCGUAUGCACAAUGGCAUAUCCUACUGUGCCUUGCCCACUGCAUGUUUUUGAACCUCGGUAUCGACUGAUGAUUCGAAGGUGUAUGGAAACUGGUACAAGGCAGUUUGGAAUGUGUAUCAGUGAUCCAGAAAAAGGUUUUGCAGACUAUGGUUGCAUGCUGCAGAUCCGUAACGUCCAUUUCUUGCCUGACGGACGCUCUGUAGUUGACACUAUUGGUGGAAAGAGAUUUCGUGUUUUAAAAAGAGGAAUGCGAGAUGGUUAUUGCACUGCAGACAUUGAAUAUUUAAUCGACAUUCAGGUUGGUAUGGAGGAAGUCCAGCUGCUCCAGGAGCUCCAUAAUGCAGUCUACACUCAGGCCUGCCACUGGUUCCAGAAUCUGAGAUACAGGUUCCGGAGCCAGAUCCUACAUCAUUUUGGCUCCAUGCCAGAGAGGGAGGACAACAUACAGGUAGCCCCAAAUGGACCUGCCUGGUGCUGGUGGCUUCUAGCUGUAUUGCCUGUGGAUCCCCGGUAUCAGCUCUCGGUUCUGUCCAUGAGCUCACUACAGGAUCGUCUCCUGAAAAUCCAGCACAUAUUGACUUAUUUUUCCAGAGACCAAUCCAAAUGACUAACCGCCUGGAGCUUCCUGAAAACUCACCCAGCGCUGACUGUGUUUACAGCUGCAGUUUUUGCUGUUUUUGCACAUUUGACAUUUGCUUGAGCAAAUUGGACUAUUGUGGCUCUCCACCAGCUGGAACUACACCUUGUAAAUAAGAAAAGUGUGAAAAAACUUAAGGUUUUUAUUUUUUUGGGUUACAAAACUUGUAUUGCACUAUGUAUAAAGGUUUUUUAUUUUUAAAUAUGUAAAUUAACUUCGUUUUAUUUUGAUACUUCCAAGUGUUUUUUGCUGCUUUCAGUCCAUGAUAUUGUGAAUGGAGAUUAUGUCUCUACCUGGCUGUGUGUUUCUGACUUUUAUCUAUGCAGUAUUUGUGUCUUGGCUGUCCACAGCUCUUAAAGGAUAUUGCCGAUUUUACAUGGUUAUUUUAAAGAAAACAAUAUUAGAAACUUGGAGUUCUGCCUCUUUUUGACAUUUUUGUGUUUGCAGGUUCUACAUUUUGAAAUGUAUGUAGGUGGUGCUUCCCGUCCGUCUAAUUUCCAAGGACUCGAGUUAUCCAUGUCAUCUAUCCCAGGAGUCUUUGUCAAUCAACAUUUUAGUUAUUAGACUUCCCAGGUUAGCACACUAACUUCUGCUGUUGGUGCCAUUGCAACCUAUAAUCAACAAAGUAUAUGGCCCGGUGUCUUUAAUGCACAGGUGUGGUACAUGCUGGGUAUCCUGGAAAUGGGCUGCAGAUGCCCACUUCAGCAAUGGCUGAUGCCUUGCAAGUAAUUUUAAGAUUUAUAACUACAGACACUUAUCACAAUAUCCAAAUUAUACAGUAGCAAUCAUGGGGGUUCUUGUAUGCAAAAAAAUAAAUAAUUGCAUAGCAGACUGGAGUGCUGCUUUAAUGAAUUUGUUUUCUAAAUAAAUAUGUGCAUGUUCAUAUUUUAAGUAGACCCCAUGUGUUGGUUUACCCAAAGAAACCAUGUCCUUUACAUUUUCUACUUCUCAGGUUUAUCAGGCCUGAGCCUGUAUUAAAGAUUGUCGAUUUUUAAUGGGCACUAGCAAUAUCACUAACCUAAAUAUAAGCCUUAGACAUCCAGAGGGCCUAUUUACUCUGCAAUGUCUCCUGAAUUGCCGAGUAAAGGUCCCUUUUACAUGUCCCCUGUUAUGUGUUGCAUUAGGCAACCCAUUCAUUUUGAAUGUACAGCAAUGAUUUUUUUUUUUCUGUAUUUGCAUGCUGGAUACCAUUGUAGAUGACCCAAGAGUGCCAUGUAGUGUGAAGCUAGCCUAUGGCUUUUUGUACCCUGGCAUCUGUUGCGAUGCUUCCACAAUUCUGUAAGUGAUGGAUAUUGAAAUGGAAUGUAUUCAGCAGUGUUGCUGGAUUAUUUUUUUGUAUAGAAUUCUAAUGAUGCUCUGAACUCAAUCGGUAAAAUUUCAUAUAAGCGUUAAUACUGUUCCAAAAGCUGUUUAGUCUUUUUAAAGCCGUUUUCCCUACAUUAAUACCUGGUGAUCCUGCCAUGCCCUUGUUCGAGUACUUCUUUUGUAUGGGCAUCAACUUAUUCCAAAUUGUACUUUUGUUUUUACAUCACAUAUCCACCAGUGCUUACAUGUUGCCAUGAAUAAUACAGGCAUAGUCCACCAUUGUUGCUUUCAGAAAACCUGUCCCAUUGCUGGAGCAAGUGCAUGGGGACAGUAAGUGACUGAAAGAGCCUACAGGAAAUUGGUAGCAAGGAAAAAAGGUCAUCAAUCUGAAUGCUGUUCUGUUAAGGUUUAGAUCUACCUUUUAACUCCAAAGAAGCUGGGACAAUGUGUAAAAUCCUACAUAAAGAAUGCAAUGAUUUGCAAAUCUCAUAAACCCAUUCUAUUCGCCAUAGAAAAUGUCUCAAAUAUUUAAACUGAGAAGAAAAUAAAGAGUCAUUUUAAAUUUUGAUGGUAGCAACAUGUUGCAGAAAAGAAAAUCACUUGACUGUUGAUGGGAGAAUUCCUCCUGCAGAGCCAAUAAGAUCUCCUGGCAAGGGAAGCCAUCCCUGCAGUGAUUAAUGCUAACGGCUAUAACAACUGCUGGCAGUAAUUGCAUACAAAAUGCGACAGAUUUGUUGUACCCAAAUUGAUUAACUUGGUAUGUUCAGCCUGCCCAUACAUGGUUUGAAUCUUGGCUGGUCCCUGCUGAACAGAGAUUCGAACUGUCUAUGGCUGGCUGUUUGUGAAGGUGUAUGUUUUUGGGACUCACAACUUUAUCCUUUUCUUCUGCUCUACCUGGUGCAUCAGUGACUGGUAAUUGGUUGCAUCGCCUUGAUGUGCACAUGAAUUGCAUAUAGACACUAAAUAUGAAGCCAGGAUAAGGAUAAACUUCCUGGAGCAUUCACCUUUAAAAAAAAAAAAAAAAAAAAUUGGUCAACAAUGGUAGCUGCAAUAUUAAACCUGACAGGUUUUAUUUUAAUGGUGAUUUUUGCAUGAUUAUAAUUUCAUGCUAACAUAGCACUUCUGUGAAGAUCACGCCAUUAUUUUGGCUUCUAUAGAGGUUGAUAAGUUCUUCUAAUAAGAAGAGCUCUUUGACACACAUUUUCCAACAAGCUGGAAAAUCUGUGCACAAGGGAGCUAAUAAUUUCCUUUGCUGUUGGGGGGAGAGAAGGUUAAGUGCAAAAAUUCUGUAUGUUACAAGGUAAGCUUGUGCUGAGUUCACACAGGUAAGCUGAAAUCAAGACAAAUGUUUUAACUUAAUUUUUAUUUUAUUUUUUCCUUGUAUUCCCGAAACAUAAAAUAAGAUUUAUUUAAAGGGACAUGCACUUGUUAGGUCUAAGUUAUAGACCUGAAUUCAGGAGGCUCAUACAGUUAGAGGAAACACUGUGCACUUUUUUUUUUUUAUAUAUAUAUUACUUCAACAUGUUGUGAAUAUUUAUUUAGUACAGGUCCUAGUUUUUAUUUUUUUAAAUUUCAGUUUUUUUAUUUGUAAACCUGUAAUUCAGAAAGCAGCCAGCUCAGUUGUGUGUAAAGACUCAAUUUAUCCACACAGUAUGGGUAAUAUGGAAUUCUGUAUUUCCAAUUAAAGUGAAACACAGUUUUGAUUGUGUUGCAUUAAUAAAGUGUUAACAGUA